AUGUUCAUGUUCGAAACAAAUUCGAAACAACGAUUCGAUCUCCUUAAAAGUCGUCGAUUGGUCGUGAAACUAAGAAAAGCCAGAAUUCUCGCCGGGAAUUGUUCUCAACAGUUCGUUCAAAAGGAACGUUAUCGAGAGAAAGCGCUACUUUAUCUCACCCGUUAUCGAGGGAACAGCUUUUCCGAUUGCGCAAACUCGUUCCUCCGAACGACUGAUCUCUAUCUGUCUACCAAAGGAUCGGUUGUUUCGAAAUUGCCCGUAAUUGUAUCUCUGGCUGGCAGAGUUUCGAGCGCGCAAUUUGGCAACCUUGUCGAUUUUGGAUUCACAUUAAAAGCGGAAUGCGGGAAAUUUCACGGUAAUUAG